AAAAACCAAUUUACAAAACCCCAAAUAGAUUUUCCUCAUCUUUUGUUUUUACUCUCAAUAUUUUCUCAGCAAACUUUUUGUUUUUUAAAAAAAUGGGCACCAAUAAAAACAAGAAAACCAAGAGAGGUGGUACAAAAAGAAAGAUGACAGUUGAACAAUCCAUUGCUUAUAAAUCAGUGAGUGAAUGGGUGUAUUUAGACAGUAGUAGUAAUAUUUCAUGCUCAAAUUCUGCUAUUUCUAUUGAUGAUGAUUUUAAGGUGAAGUUGGUGCAUACAAAAGUUUCAGCUGAGAAAUUGGCGUUUGAUUUGCAUUCUCAUUCUAUUUGCAGUGAUGGGUUUUUGUCCCCUGUUAAGCUUGUUGAAAAAGCCCAUCAAUUUGGGGUAAAAGUCCUUUCUUUAACGGAUCAUGAUACAAUGGCUGGCAUCCCCCAAGCCUUAGAGGCGGCUAGAAGAGUUGGUAUUAAGAUCAUACCUGGUGUUGAAAUUAGUACCAUUUUCACCCCCAGAACGGAGUCUGGAUCAGAAGAACCGGUUCAUGUUCUGGCUUAUUAUAGCAGUUGUGGACCGUCAGAUUUCGAAAAACUGGAUCACUUUUUGGCAAAUAUCAGGGAAGGGCGAUAUCUCCGUGCAAAGAACAUGAUCUCAAAAUUGAACAAGUUAAAAUUGCCUCUUAGGUGGGAAAAUGUGGAAAAGAUUGCAGGUGAUGGUGUUGCUCCAGGAAGAGUGCAUGUAGCUCGUGCUAUGGUUGAAGCAGGCCAUGUUGAGAAUUUGAAACAAGCUUUCAGCCGUUAUCUUUAUGAUGGUGGACCUGCAUAUUCUACGGGAAGUGAGCCUGAUGCAGAGGAGGCAGUUCAGUUGAUCUGUGAAACUGGUGGAGUGGCGGUUUUGGCUCAUCCAUGGGCGUUGAAAAAUCCUGCUGCUGUUAUCAGAAGAUUAAAAGAAGCUGGCUUGCACGGGUUGGAGGUUUAUAGAAGUGAUGGGAAACUUGCAGCAUUCAGUGACCUAGCAGAUGCGUACAAUCUUUUGAAGCUUGGAGGUUCAGAUUAUCAUGCAAGAGGUGGCAGUAGUGAGUCUGCUCUCGGAAGUGUGAGCCUUCCAGUGGUGGCUGUUCAUGAGUUUCUUAAGGUGGCCCGUCCAAUAUGGUGUGCUGCUAUCAAGAAAACAGUCGACCGGUAUGUCAAUGACCCCACCGAAUCAAAUCUCGACCUUAUCUUGAAGUAUGCCAAGACCAAACUUGCCAAGAAUGGAGUUUUAUCCAUAACUAAUAACAUUGAACUCAUCCAUGAGUGUCUUUCUCAAUGGUUGACCAAUGAGGAACAAAACGCUUUAGACUUUGAAGCUAUUAAACAUGUUGGAAACAUCGACAAUACUUCAUAGGUCAAGACGUCAACUUUAUGUAUCAUUCAGUAGGCGGAUGGCAUCAAUUUUCGCUACAUUUUUUAUCAUUCUUUAUUUUAUGUAUUCCGGAUUCAGUAUAUGCUUCAAAUUUCAAAAAAAACAACAAAAUGGUCAAUGAGAAAAGAGAAGAUAUUAUAACGGAAA